CCAAAAUUGUUUUAAUGAACUCGAGAGAGGCCGUCCCUCCGGCCGCUGUCCUCGGUAACCAAGGGACUGCGGUUGUUAUGUGGGAAUGUUGUACAGUACAACAAAGAGCUGGACCUAAGCAAUCAAUGCGAGCAAGCUAGCUGCCUCCCUUCACCCAGAAAAAAACAUUUCCAGGACAGUGCCGACAGAGAGCAGGAGAGAGAGAGAGAGAGAGCGAGAGAGAAACGCCGCCUCUGCUGCGGCUCCUCAGCUCCUCAAUGAGCCGCUUCGCCAUGGAGCCACUGCCUCAGCCCGUCAAGCUAUACGUCUACGACCUGUCACGGGGGCUGGCCCGGCAGUUCAGCCCCAUGAUGCUGGGAAAGCAGCUUGACGGAAUAUGGCACACUGCAGUUGUUGUCAAUGGAGAGGAGUUCUUCUAUGGAUCCAGUGGGAUUGCAAAUUGCCAGCCAGGAGGCACUUUACUAGGGCCCCCGGACUCUGUUAUUGACCUUGGUACCACAGAAGUAACGGAGGAGAUAUUCAUGGACUAUUUAUCGUCACUUGGAGAAUCUUCUUUCAGAGGUGAGUGCUACAAACUGUUUGAGCACAACUGCAACACGUUCAGCAAUGAAGUUUCUCAGUUCCUCACUGGGAAGAAGAUUCCAUCACAUAUCAUGGACCUGCCCGCUGAGAUCCUUUCUACCCCGUUUGGCCAGCUGAUCAAACCCAUUGUGGACUCUGUGCAGAUCCACCCGGCGGGAGGGAACAUCGGAGGUCGCCACAACCAGAGCUAAUAGGGGCGAUUUGCGCCCCCACCCACACACAUCCCACCGCCACCCCCCCCCC